AUGCGCCUCGGCUUCCUCGGCCUCGGCGUGAUGGGCACACCCAUGGCAAUAAACCUAUCAAAACACUACCCCCUAACAGCCUGGAACCGCAGCGCCAGCAAAUUCCACGCUCUCAAGACCUCCAGCCCAACCGCCCGCUUCGCACCCACCCCAACAGCCGUAGCCCUCAACUCCGACAUAAUCUUCACGAUGCUCUUCAACGCGCCCGCAAUCGACUCCAUCCUCACCACCUCCUUCCUCUCCUCCCUCAGAGACAAAAUCCUCAUCAACACCAGCUCCAUCCCCGUCUCAUACAGCCAACACCUCUCGACCAUCAUCCACUCCGCGGGCGGAAAAUACAUCGAAAUGCCCGUCAGCGGGAGCAAGGUCCCCGCAGAGCAAGGACAGCUCGUUGGCAUGAUAGCGGGGGAUCCUGACAUCGUGGAAACGGUCGUGAAGCCUGUUGUUAAGCCGUUGACUUGUGCCGCGGUGUACUGUGGGAAGGAGAUCGGGUCCGGGCUGAAGAUGAAGUAUGCGGUUAAUACGUUGCUGAUUACGUUGACGGUGGGAUUGGCGGAGUCGAUGAAUCUGGCGAGGGCGCAGGGGUUGGAUUUGGAGGCGUGGGGAAAGGUGCUUGCGGCGGGGCCGAUGGCGUCGAGGUAUUCGGGGGUGAAGGUCGAGAAGAUGCUUAGGGGGGAUUGGGAGGCUCAGGCGGCGAUUAAGGAUUGUUUUAAUAGUACGGAGUUGAUUAGGGCGGCUGCGAGGGAGGUCGGGGUGGAGUGUCCGGUGAUGGAUGUUUGUGGGGGGUUGGGUGCGGAGGAUAUGAGUGCUGUUGGGAAGGUAAUUGGGAAGGUGUAG